AUGGUGAUGGAAAUUGUGGAGCCAAACACUUGCAUUAGAGGGUGUUGCAACAGUAAAUCGAUUCCUCUUCAUCUCUCUCCUUCUUCUUUCACUCUUCUCUCUCCAAUCGCUAGAGGAUCGGAGAGUGUGGUUUACGAAGCGAUUCUCGACGGUCGAAGAGUAGCGGCGAAGAAGCCUAUCUUGUCUACUUCCGAUGACCUCGACAAGUUCCAUAGGCAUUUACAGCUCUUAUGCAAUCUGGAUCAUCCUGGUGUGUCUAAGCUACUAGCAGCACACGCGAAGCCUUCAAAUUACAUGUUUUUCUUUGAGUUCUACGAGUCUGGGACUUUGGCUGAGAAGUUACAUGUCGAGGAGUGGUCUCCGAGUAUUGAUCAAGUGCUAAUGCUCACGCUUCAGUUGGCAAAGGCAUUGCAAUAUCUCCAUAACAACGGAAUUGUUCAUAGGGAUGUGAAACCAGCAAAUGUUCUUCUUGACGAGAAGCUUUUGCCAUAUCUGGCUGACUUUGGUUUAGCAGAAUACAAGAAAAAUUUGCGAGAAGUUAAUCUGCACAACUGGAGAUCGUCUGGAAAGCCAACUGGUGGAUUCCACAAAAAGAACAUGGUCGGAACACUUAUUUACAUGGCACCUGAAAUACUAAGGAAAGAGAUGUAUACCGAGAAAUCAGAUAUCUAUAGCUUUGGGAUUUUGAUCAAUGAGCUUUUAACUGGAGUUGUUCCAUAUACUGAUCUUCGUGCAGAAGCUCAGGCGCACACUGUUUUGGAGAUGAAUUACACAGAGCAGCUACUUACAGCUGCCAUUGUGUCUUCUGGUCUGCGACCUGCUCUUGCUGAAAUUGGAUUGCACGUUCCUAAGAGUUUGCUGUCUCUGAUAGAAAAGUGCUGGGAAGCUGAUCCUUCCAAGCGACCUUCUUCGGACAAUGUGGUUUUGGAAGCAGAAUCAAUUUGGGAACAAGAAAGAGAAAGACAGCAAGGUCUAAUCCUUGAGAAAACUUCUAUUUCCAGGAUUGACAAAGAUGGGGAUGCCAUUAAAAAAACAGGAGAUUACUUGGAAAACAUUAAUUGGUCCAGCCAAGGGGAGUAUUUAUCCAAGAAAUCUUUUCUUUCCACUGUCUCUGGUGUGACAUUGUGGUCUAGUUCAACAGAUGAAUCUUCAGGAUAUGUCCCUAUAAUCUCUUGUGGGUCUUUUGCAACAUGCGGAAGAAGAGAAUCCAUGGAAGAUACACAUUUUCUCCUGCCCCACAUGUGUAAUGAGGAAAACAUACACUUAUUUGCUAUCUUCGAUGGUCAUAGAGGUGCUGCAGCUGCUGAGUUUUCUGCUCAAGCUUUGCCAGGAUUAAUCCAAAGCUCUUCUUCCACAAGCGCUGGCGAGGCACUGUCACAAGCAUUUGUUAAGACAGAUUUAGCUUUCAGACAUGAACUUGAUUCCCAUCGUCAAUCAAAAAGGGUGAGUCAGAAAGACUGGCAUCCUGGUUGUACUGCUAUAGCCUCUCUCCUAGUGGACAAUAAGCUUUUCGUUGCCAAUGUUGGUGACUCCAGGGCAAUUUUAUGUCGCGCUGGCCACCCUUUUGCUCUAAGUAAGGCACAUCUUGCAACGUGUAUUGAAGAACGAAAUCGUGUGAUUGGAGAAGGUGGGCGUAUUGAAUGGCUGGUUGACACAUGGAGAGUUGCUCCUGCUGGUCUUCAGGUUACCCGGUCAAUAGGAGAUGAUGACCUGAAGCCAUCUGUAACCGCAGAACCAGAGAUUAGUGAGACCAUUCUAUCAGCUGACGAUGAGUUCCUGGUGAUGGCGAGCGACGGGCUCUGGGAUGUUGUGAACGACGAGGAAGUUAUUAAUAUAAUCAGGGAUACUGUGAAAGAACCUUCAAUGUGUUCCAAGAGAUUAGCAACCGAGGCUGCAGAACGUGGUAGUGGCGAUAACAUCACAGUCAUUGUAGUCUUCCUGCGGCCAGUGUCUACAGCUGAAAGGAUCUACUAG